UAACAAAAUCCAUUUCACUCAGAAGAGGGUGAUAUAAGGGGUCAUCUUUGAUAUGUGUUUGAAAACAAAAUAUGUAUAAAGAUGGACUUGCGGAAAGACGAAAGCGAUGGCCUCCUGGAAAAUGAUUGGUAUCAAGAAACAAAUGGUGAUCAACCAGCAGAUUUAUCUUACACAUUUGAAGAAGCACUCCAUGAGACAGGUUAUGGAUGCUUCCACAUCUACUUACUACUACUGUGUGGCUGGGCUGUCUCCAGUGAUGCCAUUGAAGUUCUGUGUAUCUCUUUUGUCCUCCCAUCUGCUGAGAUAGACCUCAAUCUGUCAACAAAUGACAAAGGAUGGCUAACAGCUAUUAUAUUUGUUGGUAUGCUGUUGGGAGGCUACUUCUGGGGCUCUUUAGCUGAUAGUUAUGGAAGAAGGUCUAUCCUGCUGUGGUCUCUCACUGUCAAUGGACUGGGUGGCCUCUUAUCAAGUUUUGCACAACGAUUUGGAGUUUUUCUUCUGUUCAGGUUCAUCAGUGGUAUUGGUGUUGGUGGAAGUAUAGCUGUGAUAUUUUCCUAUUUUGUGGAGUUUCAACCAAAGGAUAAGCGUGGCACAAUGAUUAGUGUGCUGGCCACUUUCUGGAUGGCUGGCAACAUUUUUGCUGCAGGUUUAGCCUGGGCUGUGAUACCGCACAAGUUUGGGUACUUCUCACCCAGUUUUAUCUUUGACAGCUGGAGAGUGUUUGUGGUGUUAUGUACACUACCUAGUUUUUCAUCUGCCUUGAUGUACAUUCUCAUGCCAGAGAGCCCCAAGUUUCUUAUGCAGGUGGGAAAGGAGCGGGAGGCUUUACUGGUUUUUCAAAGGAUGUACUGUUCAAAUAAUAGAAAAACAAUUCCUACAGACUUCAGGAUAAGAAAAUUAAGAGACGUUUCAAGACAUCAAUCAGAUUCAGAUGUGCAAAUAAUAGAUGUCAGAAAUAAACCAUGUGGUAAAUUUAGAGCAAGUGCUGUUAAGGUGUUAGAACAUACAGCUCAGUUGUUCCAACCUGGACAAAAGAGAAUCACUUUAAUUGUGGCAAUGAUCAGUUUCACAUUAGCCUUUGGCUACUAUGGUCUCUGGAUGUGGUUCCCAGAAUUGUUUAAAAGAAUAGAACUUCAUGGAGGGUCAGCAUGUGAAAAUAUAGGGGUACAGCCAAAUGGUACAAACCACUCCACCCACGAGAAAGGUUCAAGCACUGAGAUCUUCUUUGAUGGGUUCAUGACGGCUUUGUCAAAUCUUCCUGGGAAUUUGCUUAGUAUUCUUUUAAUGGACAGAGUUGGAAGAAAAUUCUUGUUGUCUUCUAGCAUGGUUAUAUCAGGCAUCAGUGUUUUCUUCAUCUGGUUUGUAAAGAACAAGACGGAGAGUUUGAUCAUGUCCUGUAUCUUUGGUGGAAUAUCUACUAUAGGAUGGAAUGCACUAGAUGUAUUGAGUGUAGAACUCUUUCCAACACAUUUGAGGUCCACAGCCAUGGGUGUGAUGACGGGGCUAAUGAGAGUAGCCGCCAUAUUAGGGAAUUUGGCUUUUGGUUUAAUGGUGGACGUCCACUGUGCUGUGCCAAUGUUACUUGUAGCUGGAUUUCUGGCCUUUGGAGGACUCUCUUCUAUACUUCUACCAAACACUGUUCAUAUGGACCUACAGUAGUGUCCAGGAUGUCGAUUUGUUUGUCGCUAUUGUUUGUCUCAGUUAUAUAAAUGAUUUCAAUGGAUUAGCUGUAUAAAUUAGCUAUGGUUUAAAACUAAAUAGUUUUAUUUUCUUUACUUAAAUUCAAAUUUUUCUCACUGAGUGAAAUUCACAACUCGCACAGUGGUGUUGAGUAUUAUUAGAAAAAAAAAGAAACAAGUAUAUCAUCAGAGCAUUUCUUUCAAUAAUUUUACGAAGGUGGAUAAAGGUAUUAAGUAUAACUUUUUAGUUUUCAACACAUACUGCCAGGUCAUAUUUUUAGUGUCAUAUUAAAAAUAGUGUAAAUUAUUGAAAACCAUCAAUGUUCAUUUAUUUUUAAUUUUUGGAGAGUUGGAGGUGUACAAAACUGUACAUGGGUAUGCCUGUGUUAUCUGUAUUUAUUUUCAAACCUAGAGUGCAAAAUGACUUGGUCCUUUAUUACUUUGAAGUAAUAUAGAGUCAAAAGCACAAUGGGCUUAUGCUGGCAUAAUGGUUUGUUUCAGUCAAUUGUACAUGUGCUUUCAGUAGACUAGAAUGGCAAGUAGCUACAAGAAUCAUUUUCUGUAUAUAAUAUUUUUAUCAUUGUUUUAUUUACUUACUUUAAAUUAUUACUUUUAUUAUUUAUUUAUUUUUUCUUAAUUUCUCAUUUGGAGAUUUUUUUCGUUGUGGCACGGGUAGAGAUACUUGCAGGUUAUGUUUGGCUAUUAUAAGUGAAAAAAAAAUAUGUAACAUCAGGACAUUAUUCUCAGUGAUAUAAAAUGGAUGGAAGAAGAGAUAUUUGUAGGUUUCAUUACAUUUCCUUAUAACAAUUUUUAUAGUAUUUUUCAAGAAUAUCAUACCUCUAAACCCUACCUUAACUGAAAUAAGGGUUGUCAAGUAGUUCUCUUUUUGGAAUAUAAAACUAUGCACUAGAAUGCAAGGAUUUUAAUCCUAUGUGACUCACACAUAUCAACUUAAUAUAUUGAUAAUAGAAAUCAUGAUUCUUUGGUGCAUUCAUUAUGUACUUUGCAUUUUUGUUGAAAUACGAGAUAACUUCUAAAAAAAAACUUUAUCUUUAUUAAGGUCUACUUAUCUGAUUGAAUUAGUCUGAGGAAUGUUAGAUUGAAUAUUAUGACUUAUUUUGAAUGUAUUAUCCAAGAAAAUUUUUGUCUGAUAGACCCUUUUUCAGCCGUGGUUCAAUUUUGUUCUUUAUUUUUAGAAUCCAAUUAUUUGAGUCAGUUUUUUUUUUUUUUUUUAAUCAUGUAAUUCCUAAGUUUCAAGAAUUUGUAGAUUUCUUCUUCAAGUCAUUCCAAGAAAUGAAGCAAAUCCUACUAGAAUUACUGCCAAAUGUAUUUUAUGCACUGUAUAUUGCUAUUGUUGUACGUGGAAUUGAUGAAGGUUAUUUGUAAACUCACUGUUAUUUAACAUUUAUAACAGAUCUGGUUUGUACUACAUCAUCAUUACUAUCUUAAUAUCUAUCCAUCUCAAGAAGCUAUGCCUUAUUCGUGUUAAAAAAUAAAUAUUUAU